AUGGAAAGAAUUUACCAUGCCAAGAGGUGUCCAGAUGAGAACAAGUUGGCCUAUACCGAGUACUUGCUAACUAGAGAAGCAGAUCACUGGUGGAGCAGUAUGAAGAUGGUUCUUGAAGGGAGUGGAACUCCUAUAACUUGGGAAUUGUUAAAGACCAGCUUGUACACGGGGUACUUCCCGGACAGCGUUAGAUUUGCAAAGGAAGUAGAGUUACUUGAGUUGGUUCAGGGUAACAAGACAGUAUCGGAGUAUGCAGAUCGCUUCAAACACCUACUUCGUUUUAACACCAUGACUGUAAGUGAAGAGUGGAGGUGUAGAAAGUUUGAGAACGGCCUCAAGGGAGAUAUAAAACUACUGGUGAAGGGAUUGCGCCUCAGGGAGUUUCCUGCUUUGGUGGAAAUGGCCCGUGACAUGGAGAAAACUAAGAAAGAAGAAGAGGGGUCUCAGAGUCAGCAGAUCCAACCACUGAGGGUUGGAGGGCCAGUAGUAUCUCAAGGUGGCUCUAAUUCUAGGAAGACUCCUUUCUCUAGGCCUACUUCUUCUGGGUCCAGGGGUUCUUCCUCCCAGUCAUCAGGGCAAUCUAGUUUUGCCAGCCCCGUGAGAUGCUUUUUGUGUGGGGAGCCACACCUUCAGGCUGUUUGUCCUUAG